AUGGAUUAUAAUACUGAAGGCGACUCUACGGGGUUGCCCAUGCGCGCCCACAUGACCGCCAUCAACUCUCACCAGUUCCUGAAGCGCAAAAUAUACCUGCUUAUCCAUGCCAUUACCACACACCUAAAAAAGUCCGGCGCGUGCAAAACCAAACACAUCAUGCUCCCGUUCCGGCCGCAGUUCGACCAACUCCAGCUCGAGGCUAUACUCUUCCAACUCUUCCCCCAAGGCAGGCUUCUCCGCGACUUCCAAGCGUGGGAGUACAUUCUUGUGGAGUACGACGACUAUACACUUCUUGCGCUUCUCAAGUAUAUUUGGUCGCGCUUGCCUUAUGGUGAGGUCAUUGGCUGGGAAGCCUACUACGCCUUCAGACGCCAGGAGCGUGAGGCCAACUACCCCCGCGAUGCGUUCAUCACGAUGAUGCCCAAGUGCCUCACUUCCGCGUCGCACGCGUCGAUCGUCUACGACUUCAUGGACCUCCUUGUGUCCAUAGCGGCGCACUCCACCAAGAACCAGAUGAGUGGCCGUAAGAUCUCCAAGUUGAGUGCCAUCUGGGCGUUUAACGCUGCCGCACCCGAGCAGGUAGACGGCCGCAUGCUGAUGUUGCUUCCCACGCCCACUUCCAUGGACUUUCCCUCGGAUGACAUGACCUUCACCAAGGGUCUCAAGGCCUGGGUCCCCGCCACCAACGCGAUGUUCCACUUGAUGUUGUCGUUCUUGCGCUCCAUGUUACCUCCGGACCCUCAGCAGCUGCGCUUGCCAAAGUCACUCAAGACCUUGCUCAGCUCGCACGCGUAUCCACCGCCAACUUCGCCCAGCGAAGACUUGGCGGUGCUCCUCAAACCUACGACCGUUAAGGUCCCAGUGUUGACUGUGAAUACCACCCAGGCUUCGGUCUCGCCGCGCGAGCUCAUAAUGAAGGUCUCUGACAGCAUCCAAAUUCUCUCGCAGAAACAUUCGUCCAAGUACGAGUUCCUCUACACCAUCUUUAAAUACAAGUCGUCACAAGAGAUUGUCGAGCAGUUGUCGCCCGGCUCGCGGCGCAUCUGGGACAUGGCCGAGGACGACGAAGUAUUUACCCACGACUUGCACAACGGCUGGAUGACGACCGAUAACGACUACCGUGACGAGCCGAUACAAACCCCGGUGCAGGCCAUCACAGAGAUAUCGACACUCGCCGUUAACGACUACGAGAUCUGGAUAUGGUUGUCAUCUAUCUCCGUGGAGGCGAAUACCGCUAUUCGCGGCAUGUUUGGACGCUCGCUCGUGCUAGAAUUCAUCAACCCCGAUACCAGCAGCGUCUCGUGGGUGGUAAUCGAGGAAAAGGUGUUGCGUGAGGGACAGUUUCGCAAGCUCGCGAGCAAGGUGACGGACCGCGAAAUGGCCAUGUUGAAGCGUUUGCAGAAACAACAUCCGGAUUUUCGGGAAAACCGCGCCAGCGUCCUCGUACCCCCGCCGUUACCCGCGAAGGAUUUUUACAAACCCAGGGCGGAGCCACGGUCUUGGGCCGGGAUGGAGAUGAUGGAGCCCGGGGUUGCCAUAACAAAGCCUGGAAUAACCGUGACGAAACCUAAGGCGGAGAGACCUGUGCAGGGACUGAAACCGGUCAACCGGACGGAGACUAUGAACCCGGAGGUGGAGACUGCGAAGCCUCUUUACCAGGAUCUUCUCCCUCUGCUUGACUUGGUUAGUUGCCGGUUGUCCAUAGCCGGGAUGCUCAACGAAGUCAGCUCGACCUACUCGCUGGAGAUCGCCAAUCGGCCCCGGUCUCAGCCGAUAUGGCUCACAGAGCAGGAUUUGUACCUGGACACUCGCCUCCACGAGCUGACAACCCGGCUUGACUUCUUGCACGAGCUGGUGGAGGACCUCCGCACACUGUACUCUGCGACGUCCUCGUCGCUCGAGGUGGACACGGAUGACGUGUACCAAAACUACCGCACCAUCAUGGCGCGACUCUCGGAAGCGACGGCCACCACUGGCUCAUUCAAUAGCGUGGAUGACUUUGACACCACCACCACUACGCCGACAUUGGACGGCAAGAAGCGAUCAUUAGAUCUCGACGUGAAAAGCGUUGAGAAAGAGACAGAGAAGCCGGUUCCCGACCUGUUCCACUCCGCGUCGCCCCUGGUGUUCUCCAGCUUUGAUCCACGCGUACGCUCGCUCGAUCCCACGCGGCAAAACUCGGUGGGCAUGGCGUUUGACUACGACCGGCGCAACAGCGAGGACUAUGCCUCUCAUCCGUCGCAUGCCUCUAUCUUCAACGCCUCAAUGCUUGCACCGCUGGUGGAAGAAUCUCAAGCGCGCGAGGAGGGAUAUACGCAGGCUUCUACUCCUAUCCGUUCGAUGCUCGAUCUCCAGCCGCGGCGGCUGCUGACUUCUGUAGUGCCGCCAGUCAAACCAUUCGAUGCCCCGCUGGGUACCCGUCCAUUUGACACGCCGAAACGGUCGAUGGACUCCUCGAAACGCUCCAUGCUCGGUGUGGUGGAUGCCACCCCGACUCCGCAAGCUCCCCAAGCGCUCGAUUUGGAUACGCCUAAACGCUCAAUGCUCGACGUUGACUCUGAGAGGUUCACCCCGCCGGCUCGCUCCCGGCCGACCCAUUCGAUGCUCGAUGUUCGCCUGUCGGUGCUUGAAGCUCCCUCUGUGGUGCCACAGCUCAGUAAGAAACGUUCUAUGGAACCGCCCUUGUUGCUUGCUCCCGCGGAAGCCGUUCCAAGCAAAUUACCGCCUGCACCGCCGUCGAAAAGCACUGAUGUAGUACCGCCUACGCGCAACAAGCACAAACCACCGAACAUUGACAUCGGGCUCGCCGUAGCGUACGGCCCAAUCACUCCAUCGCAAAUUAUCGACCAGUCGCCACAGGUGCCGCGGUUGCACCGUGCGGGGCCACUGACGCCGCUUAGCGUCCAAGUACUGACACAGCCGCCGUCGCCCGUGGUUCCGUUCUCCAACACCAGCGUGCUCAACCUCGGUCUGAAUCUUCUGCGCAGCGGGUCAUCUCAGAAUCGAGUUUACUCGCUGGGGAUGCUGCGGAACCCGCUGCGCAACAGUUUGAACAAGGCAACCCGCCAGAGCAUCAUCAUGGCACUGAGCUUUGCUCCAGGUGGCCCGACAACACCUACAGACCCUAGUUCACUCCCCGAGCCAAACCUCUCCCCGACGCCGCGUACCCUCCACUCGCGCCGGAGCACUACCGGUUCACCCAUGCGCGAUAGCUUUGCUCUAAGCGACUACCUAGGCUUGUACGAACACGACAGUGGAAACUCGUCGGUGCUUAGCCGGCGUACUAGUGUCUACGUGGCGCUGGGUAUAGGCGUAGUACCGCGGCGCAACAACUCGCAGGCUUCGCUUCCGAAACAGACACUGAAGCUGUUGAUGCCCGCGGCUCGGGCUCGCCGCGCCUCGUCACCCUCUGAUGUUUGCUUCAGCCAGCAUUUCCGCGACGAAAUCCGCGAGGACAUAGAGCGGACUCCUGCCAGAUCUGUCUCCGAUCUGGAGCUCUCUCCCGGAACCCUCCGCCAGGGUGACAAGACUCCUGACUUUACACGCGCAGAGUCCAUUACCCCGAAGUCCCUCCAGGACGAGGUAAAGCAGAAGAAAAGCCUCCCGUUUGAAGACGAUGGAAAGGUGUAUGACAAGAAAAUCGAUGAGGAAGAAUUAGAGAAUGACUUUUUGCAGCACUACAUGGCCUUGUCGCCGGAAAAAUCAGCAUUUGAGACGGCUGGGGCGCAGGAGAUUAUAAAUCCGACCGAUGUUCCCCUUCCAGAUAUGCAUCCAAAUGCACCACCAGCACCAACCAAGAGUCCAGAGAUAAAUAGCUCAAUGGGGGCUAAGAGUCUAGCUGAUGAGGCGGAAAAGGUAACGUCUGUAGCUAGCAGUUCGAUUGAGAACCCAGUGCCACCCAGAAGCCUACUUGAUGAGAGCUUGACCGUGCCACCUGUGCCACCUAAAACCGCAGUUAAGGAGAGAUCACCGGUAUUAAGCAAGAACCCAGCUAAAAAGGCUCCGCCCGUACCAACGAAGAGUCCAGUCGAGGCGAUUCACGCAAAUCAAGAAUCUGCCAACCCUGCCGCUCUUAUAAACCCAAUAGAGAUGUCUCUGCCGCAUGAAGCCCCAUCAGCUAAGGAAAACGUUGUUAAAGGUCUUAAAAUCAAGAUCAAUGAGGUAGUUACUGCACCGGCAGUUACUUCUGGGACUUCUACCUUGGACUCUAAACCACAGAUCGUGAAACAAGUGAUUGAGAUCCAGCCUAUAGCCAGGAAAGCUCCAGUCCGAAAGCCCGUCGCUGAGUCUCCUAUCACUCCUUCAGAAACUUCAGUAGCAACGUCUCAACCAUCUCUGGCUGCGAGACAAAAGCUCCCGACCGAUUCAAACGGAAAGGUGGCGGCAUUGCGUCUGCGCUUCGAGCAGGAGAUCAACCUGUUGAGCCAACCGAAAGAACGCGAACUCCGCAGCGUGCGAUCCUUAGCUGCCCUCGUGAGCCCUGCCGGUGGACAAGUCCCGUGGGCUAUAGGAUCUGCCAGUCUGUCUCCAGAGCCACGGCCAGAGGUACUAGCCAAGCCUGAGGCGACUACCGAAGCGAAAUCUGGACAAAGAGAAACAAAAUUUGAUACAACUUUCGUUGCUCCUGCUCCAAUUUCUGUUACUCCAGUACCUGCUGAGUCUGCUUCUCCGAUGGAUGUUGUACCUAUUACCAAAACUUCUUCCUCGAUUCCUGUUACUUCUCCUGUGCCUGUUUCUACCUGCCUUUCAGAGUCUGCUUUAUUGCCUAGAGCCCCCACUGCUUCUUCCGGAACUUCCUCUUCUCGUGACAUCUUGGUGACGCCUCCUCCCACCCCGCCUCCAGCACUGGGCACUGUUUCUAAUUCGACAUCUGCUUCUGUGAGAUCUGUUCGUCGCAGAGCCCCAGAGUACUCCGACGAUGAAGACAGCACAGUGUCAAAGGCCUCUGAGGAGGUUGUGUCGGUUUCGGAUCUGCUGGGCAAAAUACUACCAGAAAUGAAGCAGGAGAAGGGUCUGCAGAUCUCACCGGAGCUGCUCCUCAACGCCAAGGAAGACAUCUCCGAGACUGCCUCUGACGUAUCAGUCGAUAGUGCCGGUUUGAAGGAAGGGAGUCGUCGAAUGCAUGGAAGCAAGCCCGAUCGAAAAUCUCAUCACUCGGGCCCACAUCCGCAGGUUUCUCAUAGUUCUCACCCCCACCCCCAGGGGUCCCAGCCGUACGGUCAUGCACCUUACGGUUAUUACCCAUCUGGCCCGCUGCCCCAAGGUCAGCACGUACCCCAACCGUAUGGUUACGCUCCUCAAUAUGCGCAUUACCCUCCACCUCCGCCUCCUGGAGCGGUAUAUUACUACCCGCCUGCUGCUGCUCCGCCAGUGGCUUCUCCGGGGGAGAAUACGCUCCGCUCUGGGUCUGGAAAGAUGCCUCUGCACAUGUCUAGAUCCCAGCCAGCAUCAGGACAACCACAUGGUUACUAUCCCCACGGACCUCCUAUAGGGUACGCCCCAGCUUAUCAUUAUCCGCAACAUCCAGUCCAGCUUCCACCUAGACAGGGAAAGUCUGACCAAAUCAUUGCGAUGAUGCCGCAGGUCAACCACGGGAAGCCGCAUGGUGGCGGCGAUCGAAGCGGAGCGGGGAAGAAGAACUUGCGUUCUGCAAUCACCAACGGUGACUUUGGGAUUUAG